CCUCGAUUUCUUUCUCGCGUAAGGUUGGCAACACAAUACUUCACUGCCUUUCUUUCCGGUCCAAAAUGACCUUCACACGUUUCGUGGAGACUGGCCGUGUGGCCAAAUGCGCUGUUGGCAAAUACAAGGGACGUCUUGUAGCUAUUGUAAAUGUGAUUGACCAAAAUCGGGUACUUAUCGAUGGCCCGACCACUAAAGUACCCCGGCAACAAUACCCGGUUAACCACCUUCACCUGACCAAGUUCCGUGUCAAGUUCCCGUUCACAGCCUCGACGAAAGUUGUGCGUAAAGCUUUGGAGGCAUUCAACCUUAAGGAGAAGUUCUCCAGCACCAGAUGGCAAGAGCGUGCACGUGCUAAGGCCAAGCGAUGCAACUUGACGGACUUCGACCGCUUCAAGCUGCGAUUGGCUCGCGCUGAGCGUAACCGUCUUGUCAACGCUCAGUACAAGAAGAUGAAGAAGGAAGUCGUGAACAACGGUAUGCUGUUCGGUAAGCCGGUUAAGGGAACGAAAUCACUGCCGAAGCGACGCAACCCGAUUCCGAAGAAGGAAGGCAAGAAGAAGCGCGUCAGGAAAAACAAAAAGACCCCGGCGGCCAAGAAGUAAGCAAGCAAGCAGCUGUUGGGUUUUUGUUGGAAGUUCCGUGCGAGUGUGUACACAGUGAGGAAGGAAGGAGAAUAUAACUAAUCAAUUUAAAGCCUA